AUCGAUGAUUACAAGAAUCGAGUCAAAGAUAUGAAAAAGUCGGAUAACACUGAAGUGCAAAAAUUGACAGCAUUAGAACAGCUGGACGACCUGCAGGUCCGACUCCUUCGAAUAGCACCAGAACGUGAUCGAGCAAGCAGUGAUGCGACGUCAUUGUCACGAAGCGGCGAUGAUGUUGGUGGUUUCGGAGGAUCUGCUGAAAAAUCAGUUCAAGGAAAAACACCUACCAAGUACGAACCAUCUUCGCUGAGCGUACAGGAAACACCAGUGUUGGCGCAUACUCCACAACCUCAGCCUGAGGUGACCACAGGGACGGGCAGACGAAGUAGUCUCAUGUAUGACGCCGCAUCAGACGGCGAAAACGAGGAACAUGACUCUGAGGUUGACAUAGAAGAAGAAUCAGAAGAGGCAUCGUCUACGCCAGCAAGGGUUCAGGUGCAAGUGCCAACACUUCAACCUGCACCUCGAGUGAAAAAGCAAGUGACACCGGCGGUGACUGCACCCGUUGUGCAAUCCAAGAGCACUUCCGCUAGCAGUACCGAGACCGUGGUGUCAGCUGCUGGCGUUGUGGAUGCGUCACUUUCAGAAGAAGGUAUUAUAGCUGACGGAAGUACAUUUAUUGUAUCAGCGAAUCUUCGAGCUUCACAACCAGGUGAUCUAAACAUCUCUGAGGGAGAAAUUUUGAAGAUCGUACAAACCAGACCUGAUGGAUGGUGGAUGGCAAGAAAUUCAAGUGGAAUGAUCGGACUGGUACCAAAAACAUAUCUCCGACAAGCACUGCCCAUGGAUGAACAGCGAAAAGCUGAAGAUGAAUCGAAAGAAACGACACCACCAACUCGUCAAGUUCGAUGUCUUGGUGAUGCACAAGUAUUGGAUCCACAUUUGUCGUUUGCUUGUCAUUUAACUCCUCGACUUAGUCAUUCUAACAUCGGAUUUCAUGACUUGUACUGGAACUAUCGUGACGAUAAGCUUCGAAAGCGUCGAGUUCGAAUUUCGAAAUUGGUACGUCUGGUUCGACUGGAAGGAAUGCCGAAGCAGGACGGUGAAGUGAGCAAUGUGCAUACGAUUCGAGCACAGGUAAAGAAUCGAACGUGGACUUUUAAUACAAGGACGGACACAACGUCUUCUGGAGUUGAAUACGGUGAUUUUAUCGUUCGGUCCAAUUAUAAUAUGACCGAUGUCGUGCUUCUAAUAGAAGCAUCUCGUGUGGUUCAGACACAACCAAGUUUUGAAGAGCGAAGUCUUGGCAUCAUAACUAUCGAUCUGAUCAAUAAAGGAGAAGUCAUCUUUAGCAAUAAAACGUACUGUGGAACACUUCGAUUUGAGAACAUUUUCGAUCGAUCAACGAACAACAGUGCAUCUACACAGUACAAAAUCGUGUUGAAAGUGCUGGAUGUGCCUCAGGAGUUGGUACCAUUUGUCGAGUAUGCUGCUUCAUUUCUUUCACAAAGAACGACCGAGUAG